CAGUUGCCUCUAGGUCUACUCACGGCCGCCCAGGGCCACCCGAUGCUGGUGGAACUCAAGAACGGCGAAACGCUGAACGGACAUCUGGCCAAUUGCGACAACUGGAUGAACCUGAUCCUGAAGGAGGUGGUUCAGACCAGCCCAGAAGGCGAUCGAUUCUUCAGACUCCCCGAGGUCUACAUCAGAGGAAAUAACAUCAAAUACCUUCGAAUCCCCGAAGAGAUUGUCGAGUUAGUCAAGGAGCAACAACAGAACCAGCCGCAGAAUCGCGGUCGCGGUGGAUACCGGGAAGGUGGACGAGGCGAUCGUGGCGGUCGUGGCGGCCGCGGCCGCGGUAGGGGCCGGGCGGCCGGGGUGGACAUCAGGUAUGAGCUUGCACUUGAAUGGAAUGAGAAUCAAUGA